GCAGCAGGAGCAGCAGCCCCGGGCCGGGCUCCGAGGGCGCCGCCCCCUGGUGCCAGCGCUGGUGCGGCCGCCUCUGCCUCCUCCGCCUGGCGCAGUUCACGCUCCUGCUCACGCUCGCCGCCGCCGCCGCCCACGCCCUCAUCGCGUCCCUCACCACCCGCGCCCUGCGCCCACGCCCUCGCCCCUGCGCCGCCCGCCCUGCCGCCCCUCUCGCCCGCCUCCUGCCGCAGCGCCGCCCUCCGCCCUGCUCGACCUGCAGGACUUCCACUUCCUGCACGACGCGGCGGAGUCCACGUGCGCGCCCGCGCGCCUGUACUUCGUGUUCCUGGUGCACUCGCGCCCCGACCACUUCCGGCAGCGGCAGGCCAUCCGCGCCACGUGGGGCGGCCUGAGGGCGCUGGAGGGCGGGUGGGCGGCCCGCACCGUCUUCAUGCUCGGCGAGGGCAGCGGCGGCGGCGGGGACGCGGGCGGCGCGGCGGCGCGGGCGGCGUGCGGGUGGGCGAGCUGGUGGGCCUGGAGGCGCGGCGCCACGGCGACCUCGUGGUGGGCGCCUUCCGCGACCACUACCACAACCUGACGUACAAGCACGCGAUGGCGCUGCGCUGGGCGGCGUCGCGCUGCCGCCACGCCGCCUUCGUGGUCAAGGCUGACGACGACGCCUUCGUCGACGUCCCGGCGCUGAGGGCGCUGCUGGACCGCACCUUCGCCGCGCAGCCGCCGCGCCGCACCCUCGCGUGCCACGUGCUGCCGCCGGGCACGCGGCCGCAGCGCAGCGGCAAGUGGGCCGUCAGCGCCGCCGACUACCCGUGGCCCGAGUACCCGCAGUACUGCGCCGGGCUGGCCUACGUGGCCACGCCCGACGCGGCCGACGAGCUGUCCCGCGCGGCGCAGGCGGGCGCGGCGCCCAGGGUGUGGGUGGACGACGUGUGGGUCACGGGGCUGCUGGCGGAGGCGCUGCGGCUGCAGCACCACUACCUCAACCUGCGCUACUCCUACGACCACACGGAGAUGGCGCAGUGGGCGGCGCGCGCGCGGGCGUCGCUGCCGCCGCCCUUCGCCUUCGCCCACCUGGACCCCGCGUGCCCCGACUGGCGCCCCACGCUGGACGCGCUCUGGCGCCACGCCCUCGCCGCCCGCAACGCCUCCGCCGACGCCGCCGCGACCGACAGAUAGGCGGGAGGAGCCGGCGGCGGGAACGAAGACGUCAACACUUAGAGACACGAAGCAAACGAAAUGAGAGGACCUGGCUGCGACUCCUCGGUGUAAAUAAUAUGUAAAAAAGAUUCCAAUGACCUAUUUUUGUAGACGCCAAAGCUAUCACGCAGGUUUCGAGUCUGUCUGUCUGUCUGUGAGCUGACAGACUUUAAACAGAACAUUCCACUAUGUACAGAAACAGCACGUGCCAUUCUACAUUCAGCGCCCGGACGCGGGAGAUUUGCACUAAGGGUGAAAUUAUCAUGUGAUGUGAUACAACCUUGAGCUUUAAUGUGCCAACAUUCUAUAGAUUUACGCAGAGAAUUAAGAAUCUCUUAAAUCUUACGAGACUCCUUAAGAUUCUCUGUGAUGUAGAAUUUUUCCUUCUUCAUUUUUUUUUUGAUAAUCUAAAGAAAAAAAAAAAAAAAAUGUAAAUCGAAGUCGUGAUUGCAAAUUUACCUCCUUUCCUGAUAACCUUUGAUAUCAGAUAACGUGAUCAAUCACUCACACAGAUAACAAAUGCAUAUCAGUAUGAGUGAUCAAUUUAAUUCAACAUCAAAACACGAUCAGAUCACAUUAAUUAAUCCGUUACCUUUGUCGUUUCGUAUCACUAACUCUUUUCUCUGAGGAAUUUAACCAAAAAUCAGCUCAGAGUUAGAAUUAAAGAAAAAUAUUAACGAUUUUGGAUCAUAGACAACACGGCUUUGUACAAUACACUAAUCUGUGAUAUAUAGCGAAGUGAGACCAUGUGAUCUUUAAUGUAAUAAGUAAAGUAUGAAAAUAUGA